CGACUUACGCAUAUUUGGAGGACAAAUCAGGCGACGGAAGUAGAAGAAGAAACAAAGUCUCGUGGGCCUAGCCGUUCCUUUUGGCCCCGCGUCUGGGGACGAUGUGUUCUGAUGACUGAAGGCUCGGGUAACGCGGGCGAGGGCUUCCACCCGCAGGACACGUCUUGGCUUCGAAGGACAGACAACGUACUCAUCAAUCUAGCUACACUGGUGACUCCUGAUCGACUCAGCAGCCAAGACCCACCAGGCGACCCUUUGGUCGUUGACGAAAUCUUUUCGCACUUGUCUCCGGUGCAAACUCCGGACUUUGCCCAACUCGUGCACAUUUUUAGCGCCAAGACCAACCAGUUUCCCGACAUGGCAAAGAAACCUUCAACGAGCUCCUUGGAUCGGUCAGACAUAGUCGAUUUCGUUGUAGAUGAUCGAGCACCCGAAGAAACGAAAGCCAUUUACAAUAGCUGGGCUCCCAACUACGAAGAGGACAUGACAGUUCAAAAGUACAAAGCUCCUGCCAUCAUAGCACAGUUCAUCAGUCAGGAAUUGAAAUCUCCAAAGACUGCUGCUAUCUUAGACGUGGGCUGUGGUACUGGUCUUCUGGGAGUCCAGCUCAAGAGCCUUGGCUACUCCACCAUGGACGGCUUAGACUACAGCGACGAGAUGCUGGCCGAAGCCAAGAAGAAGGCCCUUUACAAGAGGCACUUCUUGGAAAAAGUGGCUAAAGGGUUCAAGCUCCCCAUGCGAGAUGCGGAGUACGACCUGGUCGUCCUCUGUGGUUCCCUUAUGCCCGGGCACAUCAUGCCGGACGCACUACCUGAGCUGGCGAGGCUCGUCAGAACGGGUGGAUACCUGACGUGGAUUCAUCGUACGCUAGACCAUUACGAACAUAAAUCUGAGCAGUUUUUGGAAAGUCGCUUCACGGCAACAUUGCAGGCCUUGUGCAAACAGCAACGGAUGGAUCUUGUGGUUCGUAAGAAGGUUCAAGACUAUCGUUGCAAGAGCGACGGACAAAUAUUCGCCCUUAAAAAGAAAUAAACUCUCUUGGUUGUCAGGGAACAUUUGAA